UUAAAACUGCUUGUGCCUUUUGUCUCCCUGCUGCAGGACUGGCAGUAGGACUGGGGAUCGGUGCCAUUGCAGAAGUUGCAAAACAAUCACUGGGAGGCAAACAAAAAGCAGACAUGGGUGCCCUGCUAGACUCUGCUUUCUUGUCAGAGGCUAAUGCUGAGAGAAUAGUCAACACACUGUGUAAGGUUCGUGGAGCUGCACUGAAGAUAGGCCAGAUGCUCAGCAUACAAGACAACUCCUUUAUCAAUCCACAGCUGCAGAAGAUCUUUGAAAGGGUCAGGCAGAGCGCCGACUUCAUGCCCACAUGGCAGAUGGAUAAAGUUCUGGAGGAGGAGUUAGGGCCGGGCUGGCGAGAGAAGCUCUCGGCCUUUGAGGACAAACCAUUUGCUGCCGCUUCCAUUGGCCAAGUACAUUAUGGGAUGUUAAAAGAUGGUAGAGAAAUUGCCAUGAAGAUCCAGUACCCUGGAGUGGCAGAGAGCAUUCACAGUGACAUAAACAACCUAAUGUCAGUACUGAAAAUGAGCGUGGUCCUGCCUGAAGGUCUUUUUGCAGACAACAGCUUAGAGGUUCUUCAAAGGGAGCUGGAAUGGGAGUGUGACUAUAAGAGGGAGGCAGAGUGUGCCAAGAAGUUCAGGUCACUGCUGGAGGGAGAUGAGUAUUUCCAAGUCCCUGAGGUGAUAGAUGAGCUGUCAGCACGCAGAGUGCUGGCCAUGGAGCUGGUGCAGGGAGUCCCUUUGGACCGCUGUGUAGACCUGGACCAGGAGACGAGGAACCAGAUCUGUUUCAACAUCCUCCAGCUGUGUCUCAGGGAGCUCUUUGAGUUCAGGUUCAUGCAGACAGAUCCAAACUGGGCCAACUUCUUUUACAACUCAGACACCAACAAGGUUAUUUUGUUGGACUUUGGAGCGUGCCGAGGCUACCCAGAAUCAUUCACAGAUGACUAUAUACAGGUGGUUCAUGCAGCUUCCGUGGGAGAUCGAGCCACUGUUCUUUCCAAAUCAAAGGACUUGAAAUUCCUCACAGGCUUUGAGACCAAGGCCUUCCAGGACGCCCACGUGGAGGCGGUGAUGAUCCUCGGUGAAGCCUUUGCAUCCGCCGAGCCCUUCGACUUCGGCACCCAGAGCACCACCCAGCGCAUCCAGAGCCUCAUCCCCGUCAUGCUGCGCCACCGCCUCACCCCUCCACCCGAGGAGUCGUACUCCCUCCAUCGCAAGAUGGCCGGCUCCUUCCUCAUCUGCUCCAAGCUGAAAGCCCGUAUACCCUGCAAGGACAUGUUCCUGGAUGUGUACAAUGCCUACAACCAGAGGAGGCAGGCCCAGCAGGUGGCGCAGGCAAGUGCUUAGACACUCAAGGACUAAAUUUGCCAAGAACAUUUCCAGAGUUGGCACCUGACUACAAGGACAGAAACAUUUAGUCUUGAAUCCGGAGGUGGAGACGCUGCAUCGGACUUGCUUAAGGCACUACACUACGUCUGUAGGUAACUGACUGCUGCCAAUGUGUUCUAAUGAGGACCAGGAGUGUUUGUGACUUUUUCAGCUUGACAUCGUUGUGGGGGAUUGGUUUUGAGGUGUUUCUCAGUGUCUCACUGAGGUCAUGUAUAGACAAAAGUCAUGAAUUAUAACAAUAUUAAACUGAAUUUGUAUGAAAACGAAGUCAGAAAUAUAUGGUGAAGCCCAGUAGGCUCAUUACUGAUUAAAUAUUAACGUUUGAUUCCUGCUGUCACAGCAAACACACAAUACAAGGCUACAGUUUUUCAAAAGGCAAGGUGUAUAUUUUCAGUGUGCUGCCAUGGCUAAAAUUAUUUCAUCCCCUCUUCUAGCAAGAGUAAGGUUCACCAUAUUUCUAAAAGAAUGAGUAUCUUGUGACUUCAGGGCAGAUAAUAAGCCCUGCGUUGAAUAGCUGAUGCUGCCAAGUGCUCUCCUUUGUUACAAGAACUUUGUGUGUCGCCUGAUGAGUUGGUGAGUAAAGCUUUCACCUAAAUGCGAUGGCUGCCUGACUAGACGAGCAAUUAUCAGAGGAAUUAGAGAAGACAGUCUAAUGGAACCCUGGUGAGUCAUGGCCUUGCAUUAUAAAGUGUACUUGACAUAAAACUCCACAAUGUGAAAACUGUCAGUCAUUUUUAACACUUCUUCAUUACAGAGAUGUGUACUGUAUCCUAAUGACAGAGUGCUGUGCAUGUUCUUUUUCAUGAAAUAAAAUGUGAGAAAGA